GGUGAGAAGUCCUUGAGUUCCUGCAAACUAACAUGAAAAUUUCUGACUUUUUACAAACCUAAGGCGUCUUUUUGAAGAUGCGGAGACGUCACAAACAAGGUAAUUUCUGGUUGUCCGUCAGCUUUUAUGCCUGUCCUGACUAUGUUUGCUGCUUUCCUGUUUUAUCACGCGAUAGUGUGUCCUGGUUGUGACUAAUUGUAGGCUGUCAUCGCGUGAACUCAAAUUUCAACUUGUCACACGCUGUAGAUUUCACUUCUUCAGCUUUUCGGUAAAGAUUUGGAUUAAAGACAGAAAGAAGCGACUGUAUCAUUGUUCUUUUAAUUUUCUAGGUGCUUUGUCGACAAAUGGAAUGCGCUCGAUGUGGGAAUUUGUUUUUGUUUCCCAGUUCCUGCGGGUAUUCCAGGGGAAGUUUGGUUUCGUCUGCUUCACGGCCGAGGUGCGCAUUAAAACGACAGUUUGUUGCAAACAAAACAUCUAUUUUUAAGCGAAUCUAGAUAUUUUGCGUUUUUAUUUGAAAUUUUAUAGCCUGUUUUGAAUUAUUGGCGAUAUUUGUUGGUUAGUUGUUGAUUAAACUGAAGCUACAUUUCGAUUUACAACUCGUCCGUUUGCUGCCAGUGUUUGCAUGCAUGUACUAUAGCUUCUAUGAGUAGACGUUAACUAAACGAUUGAUUUCGAAUUCCUGCUGUUGAAUUUUGUUGACGGGUUGUCUUCCUUAACAGGAAUUAGAGAAUGCCUUCUUGGAGUCUGAGAACUCGACACUGUUUGGAAUAUUUAUACAACUGCUACGAACUCUACUUCCCAAACGGGAUGUGAAGUGAGUAGAGUAUUUGUAUGUUUUUUAUAACGGAAGCGUGUAACAUGGCGUGUAAUGAAAAUCUCAGCUGAUAUGAUUCCCCUACGCAUUUGUCCGUUUCUGUCGAAAGAGGGAUGGUGUGUGUGUAUUUUUUUUUUAAUUGAACUAUAAUUUUCUGUGUCCUUUUAAGACAAAACACAUGGCAGGAAGUCCUCGAAGUAGAGCUGGAGAGGAGAUCCUCGGACAGGUCUCUCUUCGACGAGGGAAAGCGUUAUGUAGACUUAAAACCUGAGGAUCGUGUGAGUAAAAUUUCUCUCUGAGUGGUUUUUUAAUUUUUAUAUCAUUUAACGUAUGUCUUUGUGGGCGUUUUGUUUAUCGUCCCUCGCACGUUUAAAGUUGAUAGGCUAAAUACUGUUAACAGAUGUAAACUAAUUAUUUUCGCAAAUUGUACAAGGACGUCGAGGAUGUCAUUGCUAAAUAAGUUGGCAAAACGUGAUUUAUUGCCGAAGUGGUUUCGCUGCAAAAUGGCGGGCGCUUAAAACCGUACUAGCUAUUUUCAGCUCAAUUUUGUUCUCAUCGUUGCUGUUAGUUAAUUAGCACUGAUGGACCUGUUCAUCAAACUGCGUAUCAUUUUAACGAAGCUUUAAGGUCAAGUGCCAAACGAGAUAAUCCGAAAGCAGUGGCUACUAAUAAACUACCUAAUGAUAAUAUAAUAAGCUUAAAACAUAUUUUGUGUACUACUUUGUUCUUUUCCUUUUUGCUGUAGCCAAUUGCUGUUGCCUUCUACCUAUCUUUAUGAUGAAAUUAUGAUUUGUUGUUUCCGUAAUACAAGUAUUGUUUGUUAGUCUUUCUAUGAUACCUUGAUAUGAUACCUUGAUAUGUUGGACCCAAGAUUUCUGUUUUGCUUAAAAUUAUAUUUAAAUGAAAACCUUUAAAAGGUAGACAUAGGUUAUCUUCAUAUAUAAGUAAUAAUUAUUCAGUUAAAACUGUUAAAAAAUAAAGAUGGUUUUCUUCAAAUUGUGACUGUUAAAUUCAUUUGCUUAUACAGGAAUUUAAUUUGGGAUGCUGUUAUAAAUUUCCAUGAAAUGUCAAUUUCCCUGGUGAUAGUAAUUUGAGUUGAAACUUCUAUAAGUUAAUCUGAUCAGUGGGAAAUUGAGACACAGUUACAACAGUGAUGCUUGCAAGUUUACUUGAAGUUUUUAGUAUCAGAAUGUUCCAGUUUUCUGCUAAUGACUCCAUGAUCUAUUAUACAGUAACAUUCGUCUGUCUUAGUCAUGGUUAGAAGUAGACUAUUGUUGUGUGUCUGCUUUGACGAAUUUUUAAGUCUAAUGACUUGCCUUUUGAGUCAACUUGUGCACCAUCAGUUGCUUCAUGUUUCCCUUUGUGUAUACAUUAUGUAACUACUAAAUUUUUUGUCAUUGAUCUUAUCAAAUGAGAUCACAAAAUUUCCGGUCCUUAGCCCUUAACUUAGCAGCAUAUAGAAUUCACAAUCACUAUCGCAAUUUUAAAGUUUAUACCUUUACUGUAUAAAAUCAUCAGCAAACGAUUUCGAAGAGGAAUCCUUGUUCUUGAAUCGACCAAAAACACUGCUGUACUUGCAAAAUGGGAAAGGGCAAAUAUCGAUUUCAUCUGUUUUGCAAACAAAGGAGUUAAUCACUGACACUGGAAAUGGCAACUAGGUAUUCCUCACGACUACCCUAGGUUUGUUUUCCAAUUUUGUACAAUCGAGUAAAAGCUCCAUUUACCAGUAGUGUUUACUAUUACAACCACUUCCCACCCCUCCCAGUGUAGUAAUAGUCCAUCACUCACCCCUCCCUGAGUAAUAACACUGCCUCCCACCCCUCCCUCAGUGCUGAUAGACCUCAUCCCACCCCUCCCUCAGAACUAAUGGUGUGCUUCCCCCUUUAAAAUGGUCCCAAAAAAAUGGCCCAAAAAAUAGUCCAAAAAAUGGUCCAAAAAAUGGUCCAAGAAAUAGUCCAGUCCAUAUUUUACCCUAUGCCAUACAAUGAGGGCCUGCCCACAAAUGUUUGGAUUGACUUUUAUUAGAUGCUAUCAAAAGAGCAAAGCUUGAGCAAUUUUGAGGGUUUUUAGAAACAUUUGAACCAAUAGGAAAAAUGUUUGAUGGAUCAGAAUACAUGUUACUACAGUUUUAAAUAGAAGACUUUUUAUGAUCAUUGUAUUUGAAAGAGAGGAUACUGAAAUCACAUUUUAUUUUUUAUUUUGCAGGUGUUACUGUUGAAACAACUGAUAUAUUAUUUGGCAGACCACCUUGCAGCGUGUAAAGAUGAACAAUUAAAAGAGUUUACAAAGAACUUUUUAAAUCCAGACUCUUCAGUAAGUUUGCAUUUGUUGAUUUUCGCCAUUCGAGGUCUAAAGACAGCUCUGAUUUGAAUUCACUCAAAGAUGUGUUGUUAUAUUAAAUUUACCAGUAAUAACUUGGGGUUUUACCUAUUUACAACAUAUUACUAAUAUGAAUUUAACAUGCUAUGUUUAGGUUUGUUGCACUGGCUGGGCUAUUUUGUCCUUUUUGUUCUUACAACAUCUCUCUCCACCCAAGAGUAUAACUGGGUCCUGAUGAAAGGCUGGGCAGUAAUCUACAAAGGACUAAGUUUCCUAUUCAGUGUAAUUAAAGCCCUUAGAAUAAGCUUUGGUCACAUGGGUUACUUGGGUUAUAAGCAGACUCAUAAGAGAUAGGCCAAUGGCUGUUUUGAAUGAUCUCAAACAAAUAAUCUAAAUCAAACAUAACAUUAAUAUAGGACCCCAAAUGACAGGAGGCAAUACAAUUGACUAUAUUUAGCAUAGUUAAGGAGUUGAAUUUGGGAAUAUGCAGAAAUGAAGUCAUCUGGCCCAUUUCCUUGGAAAAGUGGAUAAGGCUAUCUAGUGGAUGAAUCUCUAUCUGAUUGAUAGUGCCAUAUGUUUUGUUAAUAGUUAUCUGCUGGAUAGCAAUUUAUCGGUUAGAUAACCUAUUCACCCUUGGAAAGACUGGACCCUGUUGGUGACAAUGGUAUUUGAAACCAGGACUUUCAGAUUUUGAGUCCAGUGCCCCCCACCACUCUGUGUCCUUCAACAGUAACAUAUAACAUCUGAAGCUAUGUGGAUACAGUUGGUAUCAUAUGCCAUAUGCAGUGUAUAUUUGACAAGGACUCUUGUCUUCUUAAAGUAAAGUACAAAUAUGUAGCUAAGGUUCUGUUUAAUUAUUGAUUCUCUUGAAUGGCUAACUUAACUGAGGUAAGAGUUAAGUUGUGAGCCUCACAGCCAUACCAGGAAAAAGAUGAAAAACCGUUCCAGUAUUUCUAAGCUAUCAAGCUAUUAACUUACAAUUUUUUGCAUUUUUCUUAGGGAGUGAAGCCCAUCGGUCGUGAUGCCUCCAAUAAUAUUUAUUGGUACUUUGAUGGUAAGUAUGUUUACUUAGUAUGUCAAGUACUAAUCACUUCUCAUACAAUAUGCCUAUGCAUGAAAACCUCUUCAAUUAGGUUAAAGCAAAUGGAAUUUAAAUUGCUAUUGGGAAUUUACCAUGACCUCGCAUGUAAUUGUUUUAUUUCAAGCAAUUCUUCUCUGUAAGUUUUUUUUUUUUACUUAGUGUAUUGAUAAUGCAUAUAAAAUUUGAUUUGAAACAAAAUUUUUGAAAUAAUAGGGCAUGCAAAAACUUAUGAGAAAGUCAAACAAGACUGAUCAAGCACUUAUUGUUAUUUUGGCCAAUAAAAUAAAUGAAAGUUGAACAUCUUUUGCCUAAUCUUUCUUUGGGGAUAACUUAUUGGUGUCUAUUUAUGCUCAGUAUUAUGUGCUCUGCCUAGUCACUCUGGUUUGUUUUUUGUUUUUCCCAAAUUUGAACUUUUUAAAACUUUGAUGUGGAAGGUUAACAAUGAUUGAUUGAUGAGUAGUGACUGCAGGAGUCUAUCCUGAACAAAAAAAGCAUUUCUUGCAAACAAAUAUGAAAUGUAUUUAUUGUUAGAGAGAAAUACUUUACUUUAAUAUAAUUGUGCUACCAGUGGUCAAUAACCACCUGCAGAGGGAAAGCUUCAGCUAGACAAUAUGUUGAAGGUCAUAGACAAAACAAUUGAUCAAGCUGACUGUUGAAAUUCUCUGGUGAAUUUUGCAAUGUCAAGGUCAGAAUAAGGCUUCAAAGCAUGAUCACCUGUUCAUAAUGAAUUAUGCUCAGAACAUUUUACCAAUUAAGUAUUCUCCACUAAGCACGGAUGAUGUCUUUAUCAAAGCCUACAGGUUUUCAGUUACUACGUCAGUCACCCACAACUAUCCUCUUCAGGCUUAUUCUUAACCUCACUAUUACACUUUGCAAUUAAAUGCAGCUGUAAGUAUCGAACAUUUACGAACCAGUAUUCAAUUUAGAGUAAUUUAGGUAAAUUGGAGAAGGUAACCAUAACAGACCUGAAGAAUUUCCCUGAUAUUUAUAUAGAAGGAUGUCAUCAUUUUCAUUGCACUAGUGAGAAUUCAACAAACUUGAACAACAAAACAGCAUAUAUUUUUAGUAUGAUAACCAAAAUUUACACUUUGUUGUCUUGUAUUUCUUCUAAAUGCUAGAGGAAAAUUAAAGUUUGAAUUAUUUUGGGGUCAAUAAUUGUCAACACUGUAGGUUUACAUAAGGAAAAAGAUUCUGAAUGUGUCUGCAGAAAUUGUCUGUAUAACUUCUCAGUUUCUGUGAUAUACUACAAGGAAGAGUUAGGUCAAAGCUGUUGUUUUAAUGAUCAAUAUCCAGUCUGGCAUCCACUAGCAGUAUGUAAGAUCAAAAAACAGUAUUGAUGUAUUUUGAAAUUGAUUGUUUACACAGACUUAAAAGGAAACUGCUUUUUAUUCAUCAGAAUACUAAGGAAUCAGUAGUUGAACACCAAAAUGGUGCUUUUGAGUAACAAAUAACAUGUGGUUUUGUUAACACCUGAAAAUUAUAUUUUAUGAAACAAAUUGUGUUUAUUUUCUCAGUUUUGGAACAAUGAAAUACUGCUACUACUACAUAAAUUUUACAGCAACUUUUAACAAACACUCAUGUUAUGACUGUUACAAAUUUAUCACUCUGAAAAAACUGAAAUAUGUUUUAAUUCAUUUGAUGAUAGUGUAUUCUCACACUGCUUACUGAAAGGAAAAAAUUUUAGAGUUGAUUUAUAUUUUUACUUUAAAAAAUAUAUGUUUUACUUAAAAAUGUAUAUUUUUGAGAUAUAUCAUCAUGACUGUGUGUAGGGGUUUAUAUCAUUUUAAACUAUGGAUCUGAAAAACUAUAGUGUGACUCUUUUUCUCUUUCACAACCACACAUGUACCAUUAAUACUUUUUUGAUAUUUAUUUCAAGAAUUGCAUAACUUUGUAUCAUGUUCAUGAAAUAAUCUGUACUUUAAUGUACUUUUUGUGUUGUACAACCUAUUAUUAAUAGCAACACUGCUUUUGCUUUUGUUUUGUUACGCUUUUUUUCUUUUGGGAAGUAAAUAUUUUUAUAUAAUGCUCAUACAACAGUAUUUUCCUGUUUUGUAUUUAAUCCUUUGUUUUAACCCUUAUCUUUAGAAGACUGCAAUUCAUAAACUAAAUAUUCUAAUAGCCACAGCAGCCACAGGCUUGACACUUGUUUCCCUCUGAGAAUUUUGAAUAAGGCAGAUUUAUUUAUUACAGGUAUUUAGUGCAGAGUUAUCAUUGCCUUUUCUUUCUUUUUCCUUUUUCUUUUUUUCUUUUUUUUAAUUUUUUUUUUAAGAGUCACACCAGAUGUCUUCUCCUAAGUGUGAUAUGGAGAUGUUUUAUUCCUCUCCAUUUCUUUUAAUUUUGUGCUUGCUUUUCUUGAGAUGCCAUUUAGUCCAUUGUUUACUGCUGCCAAAUACUCUCUGAAUAAGCUUUUGUCAUGGAAAUUUUUCAUGCAUUUAAGAAAUUCAAUUUGCAUAAAUUUGUUUUCAUUUUCGGUUGAGGGGCUUUGUUGAUAUUGUAGCUCCAAUGAAAAGAGCCAUUUUUGUUCAGCAGGUGACAAGCCAAUUGAAGAUCCAAUCACAGGGCUAGUUUCUUAAGAGCAGUGACUGUUUACACUGGGUUUUUUGCUGUGUUCCAAUGGGCUCUAAGCAGCCACAUUGUUCCCAAAGCUUGUUGACAAGAUUCAAAUUAAAAAGCUAUUGUAUGGUUACAAGGAAAAUGCAAUUAGGCUAAGUCACAUGGCAGGGCAAACAACAGAAUGGAAUAAAUGUUUCAUGGGACUUGCAUGUUUUGCAUAUAUUUUGAAAAGUCGUUUUGAGGCAAGAAGCUCAUGGCUUUUACAGUUGGAUUAUUUUCUCUCUGGUCUUUGCCCCUUGUCAGAAAUGUAGGUAUUUAAUGUCUUCUUCUGAUAGAGGGUUUUUUCUACAGCUUCUGCUAGAUUUAUUGUGACCCAAAUAGAUGCUGUUCUACGCUUGUAGUAUAUAUAUUUUUAAUUUAGCAUAAUCUAAACUUAACUUGAUUUACUAUGUUUGGAUUCGAUUCUGAGAGGUUUUGGUGGAUCUUUAAGACCUAGAAGGGCAGCUCUUUCACAGGUCAGCAAAAUGAUGGACUUAACUGGUGUGAAUCAAAAUUGACACUCUUUGUCUGGUCACAAAAAGGGCUUUUUAGAAUCCUGCCAGAAGUUUGAAUAUUUAUAACAGCUACAGUCUGAGCUAGUUCUGUGACCAGCCAAGCAUGUAUUGUUUACAUAUCCAGAGCUUAUGAACUACAAAUCCUCUGCAGUAUUUCUGUUUUUAAGAGUCUGGAAAGUGUGAAUAUUUUCUGAGAAACUGUUUUGUAAAUAAUUUUUGUUUCAUGUUGAAUUUGUCACGUAUGUGGUAUGUACUGGUAUUCUGACUGCCCUGUUGUAUUGCAAAGUGUGUUUGUUGAAGAACAGUCCUUGUUAAAAGUGGAUCAUCUAGUAAUUACUUAUAUAAUCAAAGAAAUAAUAGUCAGUGUAAGUGUUGUGCAACUAUAAUUGUUGCCCUAAGAAUCACAAUCAUACAAUGACUUUAGACUUCAUCCACAAAAUAUUUCUGAGUGCUACACUAUAAUGGUUUAAAUGACCUAAGAUGUAUUGCUUAACAGUAUUUUUCACAAGCAGGGUGUCUAGUCAGUCAGUCUCUCUCUACUGCUAUUAUCAUCUUGAAAUCACCAUCAAAAAUUCAAAUCACUCUGUGGUGUGUUAAUACCCUGUCAGCUACAUUGUUUAUUAAAGUUGAAAGUCUGAAUGUAAGGUUUUAUUGGCCGACUGAUGAGAACUUUUGUUUUAGUUAUCGUUCACUUCCUGUGUAAUUUUAAUCAUAAAUACUUGGAAUAAUAUGAUAACAUGGUUGACUUACUACAACUUCCAUCCAAAGGAAGCAUAUUAGUUCUCUUAAGAAUUUGAUGAUUCAAACGAUAAACCUGGCAUACUGUUUGCAGAUAUGAUAAUAUUUACGGGUUCACAUCCUCUUUUACUGUAAUUUCUCUCCACAAUUUUAUAACUGACAUACUUGAUGGAAGCUUUCUCCUAAGACAAUCUUGAUGGCUUUCUCUAUUACUUGCAUGGUCAUUUCAUUCUGAUCCUCUGGCAGACCUUUUUCUCCUUGUAUUUUAAUAAACUUACAACUGAUUCUGACAGUAGCAAUUUGUGGUCUGUAGGUGCUAUAUGAGACAGGCAAGAAUUAGUGCCUCUUGUAAAACUUAAGUCUCUUCUUUUUUUUGCUUGUCAUGAUCUUAGUUUAUUUUCUUCACUUGAGAACUUUCUUGGAAAGUGAUACAUUUGGUGAAUAGAUGCACUCUCUCAUAUCUCUAAGAACAAAUGUGUAAAAUUGGAAAAAUGUUCUCGUUAUUUUAAUUUUCACUAUAAUUAAUAUAUAACUUCCUCCACCACCACCUCUUUGCCUUAGUUCAAGAUGCAUCAAGUUUAUUGGCUACACACAGAUUUUUGAAAGAAACUUUUAAUGCACCUAAGUUGGGCUCUCACAUACACCUAUGUUAUGGGUGAAGAUGUUGGUUGUUGUCUCUUGGGCACAUAUUACAUUGCUGCACAUGAUAUCUCCAUUGUAAACACUACUUCAAUACUAACUGACAGCUCUGUCCAAGGUAACUAUGGUUUGUGAUAUUUCUUCAGCCUUAACAGUUAUGUCUUGGCAAAGGAGUAGUUCUUAACAGUGUUUAAUAGCAAGUUAGUAAAGUGAGUGUGAAAUAUUGUUAACCCCUCUAAACUGAAAGGGAUUUGUUUGUUUUUGUUCACUAGAUUUGAGACUUUACCGUGAACUCAUUGGAAAGAAGGGUCGCCGAACAGGGUGAGUGUUAAUUGACUAUAAAUGCAUUGUUGUGUCAUCAAGUUCUUUGAUCUGGUUUGAUAUGAGAACAGAGGGAAUCAUAAUUAUGAUUUAAUGGGGUAAAAAAAGAAAGACUGAUUUGCCCAUACUUAGAUAGAAGAUUGUGUUUGCAAGCAUGAUGCUUGAAAGGAAAUGCAACAGAUCACAUUACCAUUUUAAGCCAGCAUUUUUCAACAAAUUUUUCUUUGCAGUCAACUUAAAAUCAGUGGGUGAAAUUUUUCAGAUUUCAAAAAAGUACAUUUUUAGUCUAUCAAAAUUAAAAGCUUUGUUUCUAUGAGAAAAGUAGGCCAAAGCAGGGAAAAAUAUACUUAAUAUUUACAGUUAUCUAGAGUAGUGUGGAUCAUGCCUUGAUUGAGGUGAAGACAAUUACUGUUAUUUUGAAGUUGUACAUACAUGAAUUGUAUAAUUAACCUUUGUAAGUGUGUUCCAUUUAAAGAUGUGAAUAUGCAAGAAGUAAAUGAAGGGAGUAAAUUUGUUUUUCUAAGAACUUAAGACUUGAGGCUAAAGGCAACAUAAAUUGUUGCUCUUUAUUUACCCCCUACCUCAAAAUCAAUCCUCUAUAAGUUUACCCCCCUAUGGUAAAAUCCCAGUUUCUAGAUUGUUGCUUGAUAAUUUAUUACUCUUAUUACUGCCCAGCUAGAGCUUUAAAGGCUGCCCAAUCAUGCUGUAGUCAGACAUUUAUUUUAUUUAAACUCAGGGGUAUGAUAUUUUUCAAAUUCACAAGUACAUAAUGCUUAUUUUUCCUCUCCCAUUUUCUGUCUUGGUUAGCCUUGAUGUUAUCUUUCAAGAUUUUUUUUUUCUGUUUCAAUUUAAAGACACAGUUAGAGUUCUCUAAGUUUACAGCCAAUGGUGCUUGUUCACCACAUCAUCAUGUAAUCACAAAAUUGUUACUAAGCGUCAGUAAAUUUCCUCAAACAGCAUUUUGAUCCAACCUCUCUUGAUUACCUGAUGCAGCUGAAUGAAGCUUUAAACUUCUAUUAUCAGUGAUAUAGAUAUAUUAUUGCAAUGAUGCUGAUUGCCUCUGAAGUAACUGAAUUCCAUAGAUCUAUUCUCAGCAAUUGUGAUGCACAAUUUGAUUUCCUUUGAAUCAAAUGAGAAAAUUGGUUGAUUGUAUCAGAGAAUGAUUUUUAAUAAUGAAACAACACCAAUUAUGAAAUUACUUUGGGUUUAAUAGUGUUGCAAUGCACUAGACUAAGUAUGGUUUUUUUUAAUGGAGCAACUAUUGAUGGUAGAAGAUAAAUGGAAUAGGAACUUUCCUCUUUGGCAAUUGAGUUGGGAUUUUGGUGUCAAUUUAGUCUGUUGUCAUUGUGGUAAGUUUUUGGUAUACCAGAACCUUCUUUAGUUACAAGACAUAUUUCCCACUGCUUUUGCAUAGCUUAGGAAUGUUUUCUGUAAGAGCAGGAAAAAAGGAAUGAUACAGCAUGUUGCUUUAAUGAUGCAAUGUGCUGGGUUAAUGUCUCUGAACUGUUAGUUCAGUUUUUGUGCCAUUUGUUUGAAAUUUCGAAAACCAAUGUCAUUUUGAUAUUAUAAGUUUGUUCUGUUGUCUCAUGACAAGGUCACUUGAUGUAAAACGCAACAUUUCAACUGCUUACAAUGUUAUUUUCUUUUGUUAAGUUGAGAUAAGCAUUACUAGACAGAGAAAAUUAGACUAAAACUUUCUUGAAAAUUAAUAACAAAAAGUCACCACCAUAUUUCCAACUGAUGUGCUGUAGGAAUUAUCCUUGAAAGUCAUGCUGCUGAUAAGUGUAAAGAGAUACAGUAUGUUGAGUAUUCUAACUGUCUUCAUGGCCUAAUUAUAUCAAGAUUGAUACCCAUUAUAUUAUGUUCUGUUAUGACUGAUAUGUUAUGUCAAGUGAAAAAAAAAGAAAAAGAAGGGAAUGAAAUAAGCCUCAGUAUUCAGAGACAUGAGAGGAUAUUUCCCUGUUCAAACAAUGGCUGCAUGGAUUGGGUAUGACUUUUUCCUUAUUGUAUGUUUUUCUUGUGGAUUUUUCUGUCAUGCUGUUUAAUGGACUGUGAGCUUGCUUACUCUAAAAUGGGACAUAUCAAAAAUUGUUCAUGUUAUUUAAAGGCAUUUGCCCAGCUUGUAAAUUAUUUGAUGACUAAUUAUAUGGCAACUGUUGCAAGACAUCUUUUUUUGUUUUGAAUUAUUUUUAAAUUUUAGUUUGGGUAUGAAACCAUUUAAGUGCAUAUCUUAUGACAUUUCCCAUGAGUUUCUUGAAACCCAAAACUUUGGUGACCAAAAAAAAAUUAUUUUACAUAUAACAUUUCUUUCUAUUUACUCUGUCUGAAAGUUUUUUUUUUUUCAAGCUGAAAAAACUAAGCCAUACCAAGCUAAUGUAAAAAUACCCAGGUUUUUUUAUGAGAAAUUUUACUUUGACCAAGAGAAAAUUAAUCUUAGUUAUUAUCUACCUGAAGUCAUGAAUUGAUAAUGAUCUAUAUUUAUCUGACUGUGAACAAUAAUUUCAGACAUGCUGUUUGGCCAAAUUAAGGGGGACAUGACAUUCACUGUAAUGUAAACAUGUCAAACACAACAAUUUUCAUUUGCUGUAUUUUUUUCCUUACUCCAAUUGCUUAGAAUUCAUUGACAACUAACAGGAAAAAAGGAGAAUUCUUAAAAAUUUUUCUGAUGCCAAAAUGUGUACACACAAAGCCUCAUUUAUGGUGUACAACAAAGAUAGUUACCCAAAAGAAUUGUGUUUUAACAUUUAACUACACAAACACAGUAAGAUACUGUUUAUUUAAGAUGGAAAUAGUUCUUCCAUAUAUGGCAUGCCAAGUAUUAAAUUUCCAUUAUUAUGAUUUGCUGAGUAAGAGAAAAUUAAAUAAAGCAUGAAGCUGUUAUGUUAAUUAGCCAUAUCAGCCAGCUGGUGGGAUUAUGUUUGGGGGCCAUGUAAAGCAUAUUUAAUGAAGCAGUGUAAUUGUCACACUGUUCAGUGUGUUUCUCCUUAUGUGUUCCACCUUUUGUGUUUGUGUUUUCAUGCUAAAGAACCACUAGUUGUUUGAGGUGUUAAAAUUGCAAACCUUUUUUAUCCUAGAAAAUUCACCUGCCCAUUUUGAAAUUUUUGCUGAGAAGGAUGGUUGCCUGGAGUUGAUUGUAUAGUUGAUGUGGUAUUUUGCAUAUUGUAUUUUUCAGCUGGGAGACUGUCUGUUUAAAUUGCCAAGACUGGGAGAAGCUUCUGAGGUAAAACAACUGUCUUUUGAUUUUUUUUCAAGUCACUUUUUCUAUCGAAGAGAGCCUCCAAAUUUGGACUAAAAUGGAUUUACCUUUUGCUCUUAAUUUAAAUUAUUAUUUUCAAUAUGCAGGCCAUUUUAUCUAAGACUACCUUACUCUGGUGGUCAUAAUCCCUCAUUCAUUCAUGCGUGUACACAAGUGGUUAUCUUGAAUGUGUCAGUGAGCAGGACUUGCAAGCACGCUGGAUCUAGUCCUCAGUGGGAGUAAAAAUUUUUUUUUUGUGACAAUCACAUUGUUUGGAGGUAUUCAUCAAAAUGUCAGUAAAUUCACCAGGUUUGACAUUAACUAGUUUGAUUGGGGAAAAUAUUCACAUGACUUGUGAUAAUAAAAGCCUUUGAAACAUUUUACAUAUCUGUGGUUGUAAUUUAAAAGUUUACUAUAGGAAAAGACUUGAAUCAAACACAAACUUAUCAUAUGAUUAAACUGAAAUAGCAUACAUUUACUUGUGUUUAUAGCUUUAAAUGGCAUUAAUUAUUUUCAAAGGCAAGAAACAGUUAUUCUAAUGAGGUGGUAUAAUUUUUGUUCAAUGCUUCAAAUACACGGUUACCAGAUCCUUCUGGAAGUUGUUUUUUGUUGUCAUAGAAAAAUCUGAGGCUAUACUGGUUCUUCUGACAUAGUCAUCUGUUUUGCUCUCCUCAGUUGGGAACUCUGGCAUAAUUUUUGUAAAAUUUAAAAAAAAAACGUGGUAUUAUGAUAUACAAUGAGUUUUGGAGGGCUGGGAUAAAUGUUCAUAGAUGACCAAAGUUGUAUACAAUGCUUUAACUGAUGAAGAGUCAUUUAGUUUUAAUCAGUGGAAUUAAAGCCAAAUAUUUCUAUAUGAUGAUGUUAAAGAGACAUUACAAAUAGUUGUCUUAAACUAAGCUGUGUUUGGUGAAUGCAGUUUCCUGACUGUGUACUUUAUUUGCACUGUUUGAUCAUACAGUAGGUUUUUUCCAUCUUUCUCUCUGUUGCAUUUGAUGGUCAAGUAGAUGUUGUUUAUUUGUUUAUAUGAUAUUCUAGGCAAUUUGUAUGGUACAAAUGUUUUUGCAAUAUUGGUGGAUGGUGUUUUAUAUGUUAUGAUUCACUUCUAGUUGUAUUGAUGUAUGCUGUACCUGCUGAUAGCUCUUUUCAGAAGUCAAGCAAUAGUAAUGAGAAAAAGCUGUACAAGUACCUGAAGAAUGAGCUGUAUCCUGCUGUCAUGCCAUCAGUAAAGGUGCAGUGCUGGGUAACCAGUUCAAAUGUUCAACUUUACCAUAUACUGAUCAUAAAUGUUUGUUCGGCUAAACCCAAGCAAUAAAGUUCGACAGUAAAUCCAACAUCAAAGUUGAUUCAUCAAAUUUAUCCUUUUGUGAAAUUAGGGAACUGUGGGUUGUUAAAAUAAUUUACCAAUUUAUCAAUUAUGUCCAAAAUUGCUUAGAUGAUUGAUAUCUUUCUAACAGUAAAUUGGGCACAUAAAACUUUAUUAAUUUAAAUGUUGACUUUUGGGGUAUUUGAUAAAAGUAAAUACUAGGGUUAUUUCAAUAUAACACAUGAAACAGUCUGUAUUUGAACCAGUCCUAACUGAUUAGAUAUUAAACAAAACAUUUCACAUGCAACGCCUUCUUGAAGAGAGUCAUCAAUGGCGUUUGAAGUUUUAACAUAAGUUUGUUUGGCUUUUGAAGUCUUGUUUAAAGAUGCACUCACUUCUUCAGUAAGUACUACUAUUUAAAAGGCUUUUUGUUUUAUUUCUUUAGGAGGAUGAGAAAGAAAAGGAACUGGAGACUUUGAAGAAGGACAGGUCUUCCAAGGCAAAUCAGAAGGUAUUCCUGUUAAUAAACUAUACUCGUCUGGAGUAAUAGCAGUUCUGAAAAAAGAUAAGUAAACAUAAUUUGUUGAAAGUUUUGUGUCUAGUUUUAUUAGUAGUUCAGCUUGGAUGAAAUAUCAUCUGUGAAUAUUGCAGGCAGUUGCCAAACAAAAAGCAGAUAAUGAUGCAGUAGUUGGAAAAGAAGGCAAAGUAGAGAGAAUAAAGGUAACGUGUGGCCUGUCAUAAUAUUUAUGACCGUCAGAUGGCCUGCUGUCACUUGUGUUUUGUUUGGGGGACAAUUCGUACUGGUUGUUAGAUAAAUCUCUGUCCUGUGGGUAGUAUACGCUGUAGUUAGUUUUUUUUAAUUCUUUUCUUCUGGUUAAUGGGUUAUCUUUUGAUUCAAACCCAUCGAGUCUCCUGUGCAGUCCCGUGAAAUGUUAGUUAGUGGAGUGGAGAUCGGGGCCUUACAAUUUCUGAUAGCAGGCUCUCUUCCUCUUGGGGAGUAUGAAAGAGUUAGGAAGUACACUAGUACUAUGCAAAGCCCCCAAGGGCUUUGUUAAGCUUCAUCCACUCAAACUGUACUUACUCUUACAUUAUGGGCCAUUAGGGGCCCAGGACACACUUAACUAUAAUCAUAACUAACGAAGAAAAAAAAGAGAGAAAAAAAAACUGGACCUCGGUCAGUGAUUUACUUUUUGUCUUUGAUUGUCUUUUAACAUGUAGUAUUGCACCCAUUAUAACCUGUAAAAACUUGGUCGUAUUUUAUCUUUACUUCUGUCAUCUUUAUGUAAUCAAAAAAAACUCUAGCUGCUCUUCGAUGCCCGCGGUUUUUUUGCAUUUAAAUGUGUGAACUGUGCUGGACGCUUGUUACUUAAAUCUAGCAUAUGGCCCAACUUGCCAACGAAUUCACUGCACCUAAGUUUGUAGUGAAUAUAGUUUGUCACGCGUUCGUACAAUUGUUUCUUAUCUUAAUUUAAUUCCUUUUAUCUGCAGGGGAACAAGCCAGAAGAAGACGACGAUCUCGGUGCCCAGGAAGACCAAGAGGAACAGGAAGACGACACCGCGGAAGAAGACCAGGACGAAGACGACGUUUCGGACGCUGAGCGAGAACUCGAACUCGACGAGGAAGACUCUCCUCGGCCAAGGAAGAAGAGAAAGAGGCCAGCACCUGAACAGGGAACACAAAGGAGGCGAGGGCGACCACCAGCCACCAAAAGAGAUCUGGGUAUUAUGGACGAGAACAAACCUACGGAGCGAGCUGAGAGAAGAAGGAAGAAAAGUGAGCUCGAAGAGAAAGUCGAGAAGGACAUGGAGGUACCCACUACAUCGCUCUUAAAUCGAUUUUUUUAAGCUUACGAUCUCCCUCCAAGGGGUUACUUAAGUUAAAUGUCGACUUAAAUUAGCCAUUGAAACUUAAAAAAGAGCUGCUACGCGAUUUUUUUUUAAUUUCGUAAAACUCCACCAAAUCUUGCUCCUUGUCGUUAUUCAUUACACUUGUGUUUUUUUGUAUUGGAGAAUGAAUAUUUUGAAAUCUUCAUGUUGAAAGUAUUGCACUACACGAAAAAUUGGCGCGGAAGCUCGGUUGAGUUUACAUUAAUUAUGAAAAUAAACAAAUGAUAACAGACAAUCUUCCUUUACCAAUGCUGUUGUAACUUAAUACGUUUUACUCUGUCUCCAAAAGUCAAGCAUAUUUUACAGAUAGUUGGCAGGUGUACUAUAAGUUUAAUGGCUAAUGCACUGCGCACCCUUUAAAAGUACCGACAAUAAAUGCAAAUGUGCAACUUUAGUUCCCCAAGAGAAUAACCCAAUGUUUUCUAAUGAUAGGAACGGAAGGAACUGGAGCGUCGUGUGGAGGAAGAAAUCCAGAAACAGGAAUCUUUCAUCAGUGCCGCGGGAGUGGACUCCAGGACCAAACGGCGCUGUGUGAUUAUGCGAGAACAGAUGAAUAAAAAGAAGGAAUGGUGGGAGGAAGAAGGGCUUGGGUCCGAGUCAGAGGAAGACAAUGAAAAGGAUAUAGGUAAGCAUAUAAGGAACAGGUUUCAACAAAAUGUAACUGAUUUUCUUGUUUUUCCUUGUUUUUGGUCUCCUUCAAAGCCGUUGUUCGAUGUAUUCACUCAGUGAGCUCUCUGCUUACAAUGAGCUGUGUGAGAAGACCAAACGACGGCUGCGAAGGAGGCUAGAUUUCUUCUCGCAUAUUUGAACGCAUUUCCAGCUGUUUUGUUGUUUUUAAAGAUGCGUUGCCUUAACAAAGGGUAUUGUUAAAAUUGAGACGCUAGGAAAACGUCGCUACGUUUUCCAAUCAAGACGUGCAAUGUCGAUUCGACAAACCCUUUUAUUUACCAGUUGUAUUGUGUUUUAAUUCUACCUGUUCAUCUGCUUGCUAGUCAAAGUGAGAAAGAAAGGCUUACAAGGCUCUAUUCCUGGUUAUGUACAAAAACUCUGACGCCACUUCUAAAUAUUUGGUUCAUUACGAGUUUUAGAGUGUCGUAAAACUUACGACACAAAGAUCCCCUGAGCGACGAAGGCAUGAUAAGUGAGAGAUUGAUGGCGUCUGAAACGCAGGUUUUAGCGUGACUUAGCUGUUUGGAAAUACUAUAGGGUUUUCUGUCUUUGUCAAUCCAUAGAUUCCGAUGGGUCAGAGGGACCCAGGCGUCGCAGAAAGCAAAAAGUUCUAAGGCCAGUGGAAAUUCCCGAACCACCCAAUAGGAUUUACGUGUUUUCUACAAGUCUCGCGAACAGAGCAGCAGAGGCCGUGCAGAUGGGUCGAGUGGAAAACAUCACUGCUUAUCACAGAGCGCAACCAUCAAGCUCGCCGUUUCUUAAACUGGAACAAACGAACUCAAUGAACAUGUUUGGCAAACAAAAGUCAUUUUAUCCCCAGCAGUUCCCCAUGAGGGGCUCUGGUGGCCCCGUCAUGUCAGGUUACUCAGGAAUUCCGGGCUCUCAAGUGAAUGCGCGGCCAGGUUACGGAGCAUCACAGUGGGAACAUAUGCAACAGCAGUCACAGCAGCCCCUCUACAAGGAUAGACAAAGACUCCAGACCCAAACACAAGCUAUGGAGGACAUUCAUCAGUUGCUGUUUGGAAAUUCGCAAAGUAGUAGCAAUCAGAGCACAGUGACAGGGAUGAAUGGAAUGUACUCUAGAAGUGGUUUUAAUCAGCAAGGAGCACUAGGAGGGGAACAAUCUCCUUACAGUGGCUAUCCGCGAAGUGGAGCGCCUCAACAUCAGGGUUCUUUUAUGGAAAGGCGGCCUCAGGAAAUGCGUGGGCAAGUGCAACAAUCCCACUUUCCAGCUUUUAGUCAGCAGCAAAGUUCGCAACAGCAGGGAUACUUUCAGAGACCAAGGCAUCUCGGGGGAAUCCAAACGCAAGGAAACUCGAAUUCUCCUUCGUCAGAUCCUUUGGGAGCGGGAGUACGGUCUCCUCCCCCUCCUUACCCAGGAGGGAGAGUACCAGACUCCAGGCAUCCAAAGAACAGUCCCGUGCCUUCUCCAACAAGUACAGGGUCUCCGCACACUCCUCAGACUCCAUUAACACCCCAGACUCCGAGAUUUCCCGGCCCAUCACCCAACGAACCUAGCAAGCCACCAUUCUCACCGUCUCAUCCUCAGAGUAGUAUGAGUGGUCCAGGAAUGGCCAGUUACCCUGUUCAGCCACAGCAGCAUCAAAGUGUGGUGCAAGGUGACGACAGGCCGAUUAAUUCUCAAACUCGGCCAGGAUUUAUUGAACUUUCUCCAAAGACUCUGCCGCACGGAAUGCAGAAUCCUUAUACAUCCGUUAUGGGUAAUUAUAAUCAGUCUCAUUCACCUUUGGAUGGUCGUAGGCUUGAAGAAAACAAGUCACCUGCAUUCGGUGCACCUGGUAAUCACCAUAGCCCUCUGCACUCGCCCACCGAGCAUGCGCCUACCGCUGGCUCUCACUAUAGCAGUGCACCUCCUAACAAGAGCCCUUUUUUGAGACCAGUCGGUCAAACCUCACACAACCCGCACAGUCCAUAUGCAACAUCAUCUUCCGUUUCCAUUCCAGGGUCCAAGUCAUUUUCAGUGGAGAGUCUAACUGCGCCAAGCCAGCCUCCUUUGGAUAAAAGUACCAUUCCUCCAUCACAAUUAUCUGAACAACCCAUGCCUCAAUACAGUGGGCUAUAUUUUCCAUCGAAUAAGUACCCUCCGAUGUUUGGUCAGCCACAGUACCAAUAUCCUAGUCACAUACAGCACCCUGGAGCAUUCUACAACUCGCAGCUGACACCCAACAUGUACCUUGGAAGGGCUUCUCUUCCCGUGUACCCUCCAAAUAGAGACUCUGGUCUUUAGUCCAUGUGGUUUGAGACGUAAUGUUUGUUGAUUAUCGUGUCAUGAAAUGUUUCUCGAACGAGAAAUCCCAAACAGUGAAGAAUGGUGACACAAAGUGAUUUCUGUUUGUAUACUUGAAAGGGGCCUCGUGGAGGAGAUCGAAAAACCAGUUGUUCUAAAAUACGAGAACAGUAAUUGUGUGACAAGUAGUGAGAUUUCAGAGCUGAAAAGUUUACAGCUUCGAAUUUGUUGGUUUGCCUUUGUUGGCAGGCAAAGCAAAAUAAAUCACAAAUGCAGUUGAACUUUAGCCAAGGGAAACAACUGGGGCGAGAUUAGGAGGCCGUUAAUUAUCUGGUAGGCUUUAAGUGAAAGCUUUAAGAGGACAGUGGAAUAAAUACCUUCUUGGACUCCCCCUCGCAGGAAAACAAGCACUGCGGAGUAGCAUGACCACAGUAAUCCGAAGCUAAAACUAAAAAGUACCUGUGUUAUUGAUUUACACCAACUGGCACACUGCAGUAGGAUCAGAUACCUUCCAAGCUCCUAGUCCUGAAUUCGAAUUUACUGAAAACUGAUGAAGGAACAAUGUUAUAGACCGCUUGUGAACACACAAAUGUAUCUAAUUCAGCUCUCCAGUUGGUUGAUGAUUUUCACCAUGUCCUUUUGUUGUAAGUAGAGCGAAAGUCUGAAGAUAAAAAAGGUUGUUUUUCUAGAGCGUUAAAAGUAAAUUAAGUUCAUAAGCAUCCGUUCAUCUUUUGACAUAAUGGUAGUAACUUGACUGGUAACAAGCAGUCCUUAUGAGGGUAACGACAAUCAAAGUCAUAUAUUUCAGAAAACUAAAGCAUCUAGACUAUCCUGAAAACAUUUUCAUUCUUUCACUCGUGAAUCGGUUGUAACUUUGCAGCUUAGAAUUUGGUCCAAGACACACCCUUAGGCAACAUUUUUUUCUCUUUUUUUUAUUGUUAUUGUCUAUACGCACCUUGUUGUAUCGGUUAGUUUGUUAUCCAUAAUAACCCUGUACAAGUUCGUGGUUUGUUCUUUGUUAAUCAUUUAAGCUGAAUUGUAUGUGCUACAAUGAAGGAGAAUGUAAUGUGAAAUGUUUUUGAUUAUUCACGAACUAACGAGGUAAUGAAGGUAAGCAAAUUAAAUCACCUUGCAUAAAAAAGCAAAGUGAUGGAGGAAACUAGAAGUUAGCUUUACUUUGGGCAAACUUAAACCUUUCAUUGAAAAUUUUUUUCAGAGCGAUGAUAAUUUUUUAAGUCACAGAAAUUCCUUUAAUGCCGCAAAUCGCUCUUAACUCCUUAAGUUGCGUGUCAAGGGAAAUACGAAAUUUCGAAAAAUGUGAGAUGUGCCAAAGUUAUUAAGCGGCUUUUAAACCACAUGAUGCUUUAAAUUUGCUUCCUUCAAGCUUUGUCAAAGGCAGUUAUUUGUUUGGUCAGCUAGUCCAGCUGUACUAUACUUUUCCGCGUUUGUCAAGAAACGAUCUCCCUCAUUCAAAGCUGAGAAAAUUUUGAAAGGUCAACGCUUUCCUCAAGCAGUGAAGGAGCUCUUUGUUUGCAUUUUGAACCUGGAAGUGUCGAAUAGUUGCACAGUUUUUACCCUUCAACACUAUUUCCUGAGUGAAUUCAGUGCCAAAAUAAUCGACGGGCACUUUCGUACACAGUAAAAAUUAUUCUUAGAUUAAAGGAAGCAAAUCUGGUAAAUGUACUUCUGAUAGAAAACUAGAAAACUUAGGGAGUUUUUCUUUUUGCAUAGCGAUGAAAAUAGUUGCUCAGUUCAUUGGAAGUAAUCAGAGACAGACGAAAUUCUUCAAUUACUUCCGAUCAGAGGCAGUGUUCGUUCCUUGUAAGUGGCCCUCGUUUCACUAUGUUUGGUUGGUUACCGUUGAAUUGGAAGUGAUUACCAGGUAGUUCUUGGCACUUAUCAAGCUAGUAAAAGGCAGAGUUUUUAAUUUUUAGCUAUUUUUAGUGUUUAUCAACAAAGGUAGUCCAUGAAUCAGAUGAUUAAUCAUUCAUACGAAUUCUCGUUCCUCGACAGACAGGACUCGGACUGUUCCGUUAUGUAGUGAACUGUUUCUAAACGAGUUUAGACAGAUUUUAUAAUCCAUGUAACGAUGGCUUGUGUAAAGGGAUAUGAAAAGCUUUAGUAAAAAUGGCCUCGGGUUUUAACGAUGUAGCAAACUGCCACAAUUUAUAUGGUGUAUCUUUAACGAAAUGUUUUUCCAGGCUAAUCACUUUGGUGUAUAUAUUUUUCAACAUACUGUUUGAUAUUUUAUGACAAAACUCACCAACACUUUCUGUAGCCGGUGAAUCAUUAAUCGGCUAUCGUCUCAGUAUUCGCGUAUUAUUUUAAACGUCACUAAUGUAAGUUGGUGUAUUCGUUCAGAGAUUAAACUCCAAGUAUGUAACAACAGCAUGUUAGUUGUGGUGUGACUGAGGAAC